AUGGAAAAGAACAGUCAAGCAAUUCAAAAAUUUAUAUCAGCAUCUAAAUCUUGCUCUAUUCUAGGUACUAUAUAUGGAAAAUGCAUAAUAAAAAAUACAAAUAAUAUACAAAAAGAUACAUGUAUUUCUGAAUUUCAAAAAUUUAAAAACUGUUUAGAAAAGAUAAUUAAACGGAAAUGGUAAUUUAAAAAUCAAAGUUCAUUUCAUUAUAAACUUCAUUUUAACAAAAAAAGUUAUCAUUAAGAUUUAUUAUAUUAUAUUUUCUAUUAUAAUAAUUUCGAUCAAAAAUUGAACUCUGUAUUUCAAAAAAGUACACUAUUAAGAAAUUUAGCAUACAAAUUUAUCUAUAUUUCCAUUAUAUCUAUCCUACCAUAUUACAUACAAGCACAUGAAAUAUUUUUAAUAUUUUUAUAGAAUAGUAAAAAUUAUAGAAACAUUAAAUUUCAAAUAUAUAAAAACAUGAUUACAAGACUAAUAUGAUAUAUUUUAAAAAG